AUGAUCUUUGGCACACGGUCAGUCAAAUUGACAAUGUCUGUGUCGGAUUUGCACGACGGCACUUUUAUUUCGGUCAGGACACACCAGCUGUUCGCGACGCUGAGUGGCGUUCCUCGGCUUGCUGAGCACCCGCUGGUGAUCUUCAUCCCCGGCGCGGGGGAUGUGGCUUCGUCCUAUUGCGCCCUCGCGCGCCAGGUUGGCUCCUUUGCGCCGCUCCUACUGUACGAUCGGACCGGACUAGGCCGCAGCGAAGAUGGCCCAGAUUUGAUUCCUCCACUCGCCACCACAGCUGCCAAAGAAUUGCACUUACUACUCACUCAAGCGCAAUUGCCGCCUCCAUACCUUCUUGUUGGCCAUUCCUACGGAGCCAUCAUAGCACGUGAAUUCCUCCACCUCGACCCUCAGGCAGUGGGCGGGAUGGUCCUCGCGGAUGGCUCGACGGAACGACAACCUGAGCUCUUGCAAGAUCGCGAUCUCGAUUUACGUGCUGUGCAAGGCGAUUUGAGCUUUGCGCAAGUGACGGGGCUGCGGAUCAACGCGCAGCUGUCCCGAGAGGAGUGGCGGGCGCGGGCAAAGGACAUUGCGCGCGGGCAGAGGACUUGGGCAUCGGAGGUCAGUCAAAUGGUACUGGUAUGCCGGACACUGAGAUCGAAGGAUCAAUAUCGACAUCAGGCACUAGGGGAGAAGCCACUAUCCGUGAUUCGGUGUCGUGGGUCGCUGGACUACCGAAAGAUCUAUCAGGCCGGUGUUGCGGCGGGUAAUGGUACUGAGGCACAGCAGAAAACAUUUGAACGGCUACUAGAUCGCUGGGAUGGACUGGAUCAAGCGAUGCAAGAAGACCAGCUGCACUUGUCGCGUCUGAGUCGCCUGGUAUAUCUGGAAGACUGUGGACAUCAUGUCCAUCUGUUGCGGCCGGAAGUGGUUGCCGACGAGGUACGAUGGGUGGUAAAUCUGAUUAUGCAGGGGAAUGACAAGCAACUUGAGCACUGA